AUGCCCUCUGAGAGACAAAGCUGGACAGGGACCAAGCUGGACCGGGACCAAGCUGGACCGGGACCAAGCUGUUUACAGAUCGUCCCCCACUCGUCCUGCAGGGGUCGAUGCUACGAGCCGUAUGACGGCGACGUCCCCGGCUGCAGAUGCGACAAGAACUGCAACGCCAGCAGCGGCAGCUGCUGCCGCGACUACGACGACAUCUGCACCGUCCCCACCCAGCAGUGGGAGUGCACGAAGCCGCGCUGCGGAGAGACGAGGCUGGAGCAGAGCCGGUGCCACUGCUCCCCCGACUGCCUCGCUGCAGCCGACUGCUGCACCAACUACAAACAUGUCUGCCACGGAGAGAGAGAGUGGGUGGAGGACGAGUGUGAGGACCUGUCGACCCCCACGUGUCCAGCAGGCUUUAAGCAGCAGCCUCUGCUCCUCGUCUCUCUGGAUGGACUCCGGGCUGAAUACCUGCAGACGUGGAGCGCUCUCAUCCCCGUCCUGGACAAACUCAAGAAGUGUGGAACGUCGGCGCCGUACAUGCAGGCAGCGUUCCCCAGCAAGACUUUCCCCAACCACUACACCAUCGUUACGGGUCUCUAUCCAGAGUCCAACGGUUUGAUUGACAACAGUAUGUACGACCCGGUGUUCAACGCCUCCUUCAGUCUGUCCAGUCCGGAGAAGGACAACCCGGACUGGUACCUGGGACAGCCUAUCUGGCACACAGCGAAGCACCAGGGGCUGAAGUCUGGGACUUUCUUCUGGCCGGGAUCAGACGUCAAAAUCAAUGGAAGCUUCCCCGACAUCUACAAACCAUACAAUGGCAAAGUGCCAUUUGAAGAAAGAGUGCUGACUGUGCUGAAGUGGCUCCAGCUGCCCGAUGACGACAGACCAGAUUUCUACACGUUGUACCUGGAGGAACCAGAUAAAUCUGGACACAGCUACGGUCCCGUGAGUGGAGGGAUGAUUGAAGCCAUCCAGGGUGUGGACAAGAUCAUUGGUCAACUCAUGAAUGGCCUCAAGCAGAUUGGCCUCCACCGCUGUCUCAACAUCAUUAUUGUGGCAGAUCACGGUAUGGAGGACACAAGCUGCGACAGGAAGGAGGUGCUGCAGGAGCUGGUGGGCAAUGUCCAAAACUACUGGGUCAGCGAGGGAACGUUCGGACGCAUCAGAGCCAGAAACAACGCAGUGUGUGAGUGUAAAGACUUGAGGCGGCCUCCUGUUACCCUGCACACCGACGGGUGGGACUCCAAUGGCACAAAGGACUGCAGGUCUGCCGGUCUGCAGGUCUUCAGGUCUGCCGGUCUGCAGGUCUUCAGGUCUGCAGGUCUUCAGGUCUGCAGGUCUGCAGGACUGCAGGUCUUCAGGAGACAAGCAUCAGCCUGUGUUACCCCCACGUCUAAAGUCCCUUGUUCUGAGGAUGCAGGCAGAACAAGGGCUGAUAUAGUGGACUCAGCUGGACUGGUUGCCAACAUGACCUGCAAGAAGCCGGACCAGAAGGUCAAGGCGUACCUGAAGGCCGACCUGCCGAAGCGCCUCCACUUUGCCAACAGCCGUCGCAUCGAAGACGUCAACGUCCUGGUGGAGCCGAAAUGGCUGUUUGAGAGACAAAAGGGAUCUCUCUCAUUCUGCUCUGGCGGAGCUCACGGCUACGACAACGAUGCCGAGAGCAUGCACGCCAUGUUUGUCAGUUAUGGACCCGGGUUCCAGUAUAAAACGGAGAUCGAACCCUUUUCAAACAUCGAGCUAUACAACCUCAUGUGUGACGUGAUGCAGAUCUCUCCCGCUGACAACAACGGGACCCACGGCAGUAUGAACCACCUCCUGAGGUGGCCCUUCUACACACCAGCGCCCCCCGCAGAGCGGAGCGAUCCGGUUCAGUGUCCGCUGGUCAGCCUCGACCCUGAAGACCCCCUGGGGUGCUCCUGUCCCAGUGGAAAUGCUCUCAACGGCCGUCUGAACCUGACAGCUGAGGAAGAGUCGGCCUCGGAGAAGAAGCACAUGCCGUUCGGCCGCCCCCGGGUGCUGCAGCCCGACCAGAGCUACUGCGUCCUCCACCAGGAAGGAUUCAUCAGCGGCUACAGCCACGCGGCUCUGAUGCCCCUCUGGAGCUCCUUCACCGUCCCCAAGCCGAGGAACGUGGACCCGUUGCCCCCGGUGACGGCGGACUGUCUGAGGCCCGACGUCAGACUGCGGCCGUCCCAGAGUCCCAGAUGUGACCAGUACGACGGCGCUGGGAACCUGACGCACGCCUUCCUGUACUCGCCAGAACUGAAUGAGACGGCGGACCAGCGGUUCGAUGCUCUGCUGAUGAGUAACGUGGUGCCGAUGUACCCCGAGUUCAAGAAGGUCUGGGACUUCUUCCUCGGCUCCCUGUUGAAGAAGUACGCCUCUCUUCACCACGGCGUCAACGUGGUGACGGGCCCCGCCUUCGACUUCAACCACGACGGGCAGUCCGACACUCGGGAGCAGCUCCAGCAGUUCGUGCCCGGCACCAACAUCUCCGUGCCGACCCAUUUCUUCGCGGUGCUGACCAGCUGCAGCGACUCGGCGUCACCGGUGAGCGGCUGCGCCGGCGGGCUGCAGACCGCGUCCUUCCUGUUGCCUCACAGACCCGACAACUCGGAAAGCUGCAAAAGUACACAAGCCGAAGCUCAUUGGGUUGAAGAUCUCGUGUGGUUCCACCAGUCACGAGUCAGAGAUGUCGAGUGGAUCACAGGAUUGGACUUUUACCAGGGCAGCAAUCGACCAAUCGUAGACCUGCUGAGGAUGAAGACCCGCCCCACAGCUGCCAUUCACAGAAAACAGUGAACAGAAGAGUAAUCACCAAGAUUAAUAUUCAGUAUCUGUAAAAGCAUUGUAGUAUUGAGUAAGUCGUCUUUAAUUGUGUUAUUACUUUGUCAACACUGGACUGAAUGUAUUAAUUAUUCAACAAAGUGACAUUGUUUAUUUAUUUUUAUUUAAGUAACAGCGUAACGUAACAAUGUAACAUAAU